AGCGACAGUCUUCAAUUCUCACAGCCGCGGCCGGCGGCGCAAAGGCCGGCUCCGGAAGACGAUGCGGCUGUGCGCCCAGGAUGCUGUCGCGUUUGCUCCUGCUCCUCACCGCUCUCGCCAGCCUGAGCCAGGGCUCCCGCGCACACGGGACAGAGCUGCCCAGCCCCUUUUCUGUGUGGUUUGAAGCCAGAUUUUUUGAACACAUCCUCCGCUGGACACAUAUCCCAGUUCAGUCCAAAAGUACCUACUACGAAGUGGCACUCAAGAAGUACGGAAACACAACCUGGAAAGACAUCCACAGCUGUAGAAAGGUCCAGGCAUCGUCCUGUGAUCUCACCAAGUUUACCCUGGACCUAUACCGCAGCCGUGGCUACCUGGCCAGAGUCCGGGCAGUAGAUAAAAACAAGUAUUCCAACUGGACCAUCACUGAGACCCGCUUCACAGUGGAUGAAGUGAUUCUGACGGUCGGGAGUGUGACACUGGAGGUAACCCAUGACCAUGUCUUUGGGACGAUCCAUCCUCCCAGGCCCCAGAUAGUCCCUGCAGGUGACGAGUAUGAACAGAUCUUCGAGAAUUUCCGCAAAUACAUGGUUUCCGUCCGAAAGAUUCAGGAGGAGAAGAACACAACCAUGACAGUGGAACAGGAGAACUUCUCCCUCAAAGUCCCCAGAGAGAUGGGAGAGUUCUGUAUCAAGGUGAAGCCCUUGGUGGAAACCCGAAGUAACCGAGCAGAGUGGUCAGAGGAGCAGUGCUUACAUCUCACGGAGCAAUAUUUCACCUUGACCAACCUCAGCAUCCUCUUCAUUUCCAUCCUGAUACUCUGCGGAGCCCUGGUCUGCCUGGCUCUCCAGCACUACAUCCGGCGACGCCCGGGGAAGUUGCCUGCAGUCCUGGUCUUCAAGAAGCCCCAUGACUUCCUCCCAGUCAACCCUGUCUGCCCAGAAACUCUCAACACUGUCCACAUCCUGGACCUGGAGGCCUUCCGGAAGGUGUCCCCAGAGCUGAGAGACUCCGUCUUGCAUGGCAGCACGGAUAGUGGCUUUGGUAGUGGCAAGCCUUCACUGCAGACUGAAGAGUCCCAGUUUCUCCUUCCUGGCCCCCACCUCCAGGCACAAGGGACUCUGGGAAAGGAAGAGCUUCUGGAGCUACGGGACAGCUGUGGGGACAACACAGACAGUGGGAUCUGCCUGCAGGAACACAGCUUACAUUCCAGCAUGGGGCCCGCCUGGAAGCAGCCGUUUGGAUUCACCAGUCAGGGCCAGGAAGACAAUGACAUUAACUUAAUCCAGAGUUCUCCAGGACAGCCUAAGAACACGCAGAGUGACUCUGCCUUGGACCAUGUCCAUAUCCUAGAACCUGGAGUCUCUGAGGAGAAAGACCAAGUCACGGUGACAUCCCAGGGCUACCAGAAACAGACCCAAUGGAAGGAAGGGGCGGCAGACCCAGCAGGACAUGUGGACAAAGAGCUUUCCUUGACAGAUGACUUUGACCCUAAACUCAGGGUGUGCUUGCAGGCUGAGUUAACUUGGCCUCCACCAGCUCUGGCCAAGGGUUAUUUGAAACAGGAAUCCCAAGGGGUGACCCCAGCACCAGGAGGGACCCCGAGUAAGCAAUGGAGUCAGCUGACUGAAGAAUGGUCACUCCUGGGCGUGGUUAGCUGUGACGACCUAAGCACAGAGGGCUGGAAUUUUGCCCCUAAACUUGCCCCUCUGGACUAUGGGGCAGCCCCUGGUGGCCUCCUGGAUAGCUUUGACUCUAACCUGGCCACCCUGCCGCUGAUCUCCAGCCUGCAGGUAGAGGAAUGACAUGGUCUAAGGGCUCGUUGUAUUCCAGCCAUGCCUGCUCUCCUGCCUGCGCUAGGAGGGCCCAGGAGUCAAAGAAAUGUGUGGGCCUUUUUCUACAAAUCCACCAAGGCCAGCUAGCCAAGCCCCUUGGGGCAGGAAAAGGCCAUCUUGCUGGGCAAGUGUCCGGUACAUGGGAGGUUGUGUCUGCUUCUGCUGAGAUGGGCCCUGAGGACUCCAGCCUACCUGAGCAGGGUGGACAGAGACCUCACCUCUCAGGGCUGGGUUCUGUACUGGAAGAACCUGUGUUUGGGAGGAACCCCAGGGAUUUCUAGAUAUGGUAAGGUUACCAGGCUGAAGUCAGAGCAGCCCGGAGGUCCACAGAGGAGUGGGAGUAGCCAGCCUCCUGCAAAGUACAGAGGGAAUAGGAACCAGGCUUAAUGUUGUCACGGAGAGAUGAGCCCCGACUUGGACAUGGUACCUGUAACUGGAAGAUCUUGAGGUGCAUGCCACCCCGAAUGAUCAGCCAGCUACUUCAGAACCAUGGGGCUAAAGGAACUGAGACCCACAAUCUGUGACCCUUGUGGGGUGUCUCUACUAUCCAUCUGUAGACAUCUCCCUGUUUUGACAUCUGUGUCCCCCUGGCUUAUCUUCAGUGGCCAAGCCAUUGCUCCUUGCCACUCACUAUCGUGCUGACAGGCCAGACAAACUAUGGUUGUCUGUGUUAGCACACUACCGUUUAUGUGGUCUUUGGGUGUAGACACUGACCCAGCCUUAAGACUUAGAUAUCUAGCCGGGUGGUGGUGGCGCACGCCUUUAAUCCCAGCACUCGGGAGGCAGAGGCAGGCUGA